UAGAUUGUAUUGAGAACUUAUCCAAAAGUAUACAACGGAAUAAAUAAGAAGAUUUUAAUAAAUUAUUAAGAAAAAAUAAAUAAAUAAAUGAAAUAAGCAUAAAAUAAAAUGAAUUUCCUUAUAAAGCCUUUGUACUUGAGUUUAUUAUGUAUUUUACCUUAUAUAGAAAGUGCUAAUAUUUUGGCUGUGUUUCCAUUUCCGGGUCCUUCGCAGUACAUUUUAGUGCAACCGUAUUUAAAGGCUUUAAUAGCCAAAGGUCAUAGUCUAACAGUGAUCAAUGCUUUUCCUCAAAAACAACCAAUUGCAAAUUUUCGAGAUGUAAUUGUAACCGAAGUUCACGAUAAUUAUGCGGAUCUUAUUCAAGGUGCCCAAUAUGAACGCAACAAAUGGGAUGAAAUGACAUUUCUAUGUGAUUUUUUCUCGAAUGUCACUGAAACGGUUUUGAAAAACGCUCGAGUACAAAAUUUGCUGAAAACCGAAAAAUUCGAUUUAGUUAUAUUAGAAGCUCUGCACACUGAUGCAUGGUAUACAUUUGGGCGACAUUUCAAAGCACCCAUGAUUGGCCUAUCCUCCUUCGGUACCGAUCCCAUAAUAGAUGAGCUAAUGGGAAAUAUGUCGCCGUUAUCAUAUGUACCCUUAGUAACUGCUGGCUUAACGGAACGCAUGACCUAUGGAGAACGUUUGAAGAAUUCCCUCUAUUCAUUAAUGGAACAAUUACACGUUAGAGUGGUACAUUUGCCACGUCAUAGAGAUCUGAUUAAGAAAUAUAUGCCUCAUAUGAAAGAUGAUAUCUGGGAUUUAAGAACAAAUUUCUCUUUAAUGUUAUUAAAUCAACAUUUUAGCUUGAGUUUUCCACGUCCUUAUGUACCCAGUAUGAUAGAAGUGGGAGGUUUUCAAAUACACUAUAAACCCCAGCCAUUGCCCAAGGAAAUGUUGGAUUUUAUUAAUUCCUCCUCUGAAGAUGUUAUUUACUUUUCCAUGGGUUCUAAUGUAAAAUCAAAAGAUUUUCCUCCCGAACGUUUGCAAAUGAUUAAUGAAGUUUUUGCCACUUUACCCUAUAAAAUAAUGUGGAAAUUUGAAAAUCCCAUUUUGCCAGGUAAACCCGAUAAUGUGUUCAUCAGUCCCUGGUUUCCUCAACCCGAUAUUUUGGCACAUCCUCGUGUUAAACUUUUCAUUUCCCAUGGUGGCCUGCUGAGUACCACAGAAGCUAUAUAUCAUGGCAAACCUAUGUUGGGUUUACCCGUCUUCUACGAUCAAGCCAUGAACAUAAGAAAAGCCAUACAAUCUGGUUUUGCUUUAGGCUUAAAUUUUGAAACCCUACCAAGAGAUGAAUUUAAGUCUAGCAUAUUAGAAAUGAUGCAUAACUCAAAAUAUAUUAAUAAUGUUAAAACCAUAUCGCGCAUUUAUCAUGAUCAACCUAUGAAACCCUUAGACGUGGCCAUCUAUUGGACGGAAUAUGUUUUAAGGCACAAGGGAGCUCUACACCUACAAAAUCCUGCUCAAAAAAUGAGUUUUAUACAAAAACACAGCAUAGAUACGGUGGGAGUUUUGAUAGCAGCUGUUAUUUUGGUAGCUAUUUCAGUGCUAAUUGUGAUAGUGAAAAUUGUUCAAAUAAUUUUAGAGAAAAAUUCAGUAAAUAAAGAGAAAGUUAAUUAAAUGUGUUUAGGUGAAAAAAAUUUAGUUGAAUUUAAACAAAUUCAUGUUAUUUUUAUCAUCUGAGGUAGUAUUUUUUCCAUAUCUUGAUAUUAAAUUAUAACUUAUGUAGAUAAGGUUUGACUAAGAUAUUUAUCACUUAAGACAUUAUUAUUAGUUUAUUUCAGACACUUCUCUCAAACACUCAAUUUAUAAAAAUCUUCAAAAACAUAAUAAAAUAAAUACAUACACAGAAAUGUGUGUGAGAUUUUUAUGACCACAGAGAGAUGGGGCUAUGUAUACUACUUUUGUCAUGCCCUCUGUAACAUUUAGAAGAGUACAUCGUCGUAUCCCCAUUAGCAAGUAUUUCUGUUAUUGUGGAACUAAAGCUCUUUAACUCAUAAAUUACGCGGACUCGACUUAUAACUGUAAAUCUAUACUAAAGUCAAGACCAUGGCCCUGACUAUAGUCGUGACCACACUUAAGACUAUAGUCUAUAAUAUAGUGAAGAAUAUAGUCUUUACUAUAGUCAAGAAUAAA